CCGCACUGAACUGGAAAGCAAGGUCUCGACUGGGCUCUUUGUCUUAUUACACUACUGGCGUUCCCAUUAGGAGCAGUUAAAACAAUACCACAGGAAGGAAACCACUGGACACGGCUCCAGAUGCCGCGUGAAAACUAUCACACUGGCAACACAAAAACUGUUUCGUUCCACCAAAUUUAACCUUAGUAUAAAUAAUCGUUGCAAUAUCCAAAUGACAUCAGUCGCAAAACGUCGGUUACGAUCACAUCACCAAGAUGUUGACCGCAGUUUUUGUUUUAUUCGUUGUCGCGUCUACAACGGCACAAGCGGUCCACAAAGUUGAACUCUCUGAUGAGAAGACCCCGUACGAUUAUGUGAAAGAACGCUUGGACGCUAUCGCCAUUGACGCGAGAUCAGGGGUUCCUAUAUCCAAUUCAUACGAAGUUGAAGAAAGUGAGGAUUAUCCUGAUAAAUUUGAAGGAGCUGCGUCAAGUAUUCUGAAUACAGUCAGUGGAGUGGGUGUUGGUGGUGUUGGAGGCGUAGGCGGUGUCGGAGGUGUGGGUCAACUCGGUGUAGGAGGAAUCGGUAUAGGCCAGGGAAUUGGCCUCGGAGGACUCGGUGGCAUAGGACUCGGCCAAGGAUUGGGCAUCGGUCUUGGAGGACUGGGUGGCAUUGGAGGUGCUGGCAUUGGUGCAGGAAUUGGCCAAGGCGGAGUUGGGACCGUUGGUCUCAUAAACCCUGGAAUCGGCCUGGGUGUUGGAGGUGUUGGCCUUGGAAACGGUCUCUUGUAUCAUCCUAUUUUGGGAGCACAGCUUGGAGGAGGAUAUGUUGAUAAGAAAGAGUAUGACUCUGCUCAAAAGAAAGGUGCCGGCGAAAACAUUGAGAAACUUGAAAAAAAAUCUGAAGAGGAAGCUAAACAUGGACAGGAAGGCUUCCAACAAGCCGCUGCAGCUGCUAAAGCUGAGAAGGGAGAAUCCAGUUUUUACAAAGAUGAAGAAGCCAAGAAGAAAGCGGCCGGUGAUGAGAAAUUCUAUGAAGGGGGUCAGAAGUUCGACAAAAAAGGCGCCAAUGAGGAGCAAUUGAAAAAAGCAAAGAGCCACAAAAAAGGGCACGUGAGCAAAGGUUUCAAGACUUCAAGUAGUAAAAACGAAGAAGAAAAAACAGAAAGCUUUUACGAUGAGGCUCAUGAUGAAGCUGAUCAUAAGGUUGCUGGGCAAAACGCUGGUUCCUUCGGCGAGAAUGCUCAUCAAGGAUUCAAAGGAGCUCAUGAAGAGAAGAUAUUGGAUGCUAACGCGCAUGGAAAGGAGGGACACCAUGUAUCCGAACAGAAAAUCGAUGAUGCUAAAGCAAAUAAGGGAGAAUUCUUGCAGAAAGGUUACAAGGGGGGUGCCGAACAGCUGGAGAAGUUCAACAACCUCGGAGCUCACUCCAUACACGGCCACCAGGAGGCAAGUGGAGGCUUCCAACAAAGCAAGGGGAUCCUGCCCAUCCAUCGCUGAUUCCUCUAUUGACAGUACCAGAAUAUACGCUUUUUGACCCUUUUUCAUUAAA